AUGCAGAUUUUCGUCAAGACUUUGACCGGAAAGACCAUCACCUUGGAGGUGGAGUCUUCCGACACCAUCGACAACGUCAAGUCCAAGAUCCAAGACAAGGAAGGAAUUCCUCCUGACCAGCAAAGACUGAUUUUCGCCGGUAAACAACUUGAGGACGGCAGAACUCUUUCUGACUACAACAUCCAAAAGGAGUCCACAUUGCACUUGGUGCUUAGAUUGAGAGGUGGUAUCAUUGAGCCAUCCCUCAAGGCUUUGGCUUCCAAAUACAACUGUGAGAAGUCCAUUUGCAGAAAGUGUUACGCUAGACUCCCACCAAGAGCCACCAACUGCAGAAAGAGAAAGUGCGGUCACACCAACCAGUUGAGACCAAAGAAGAAGCUUAAAUAG